AGCAGAGACUAGAGUAAAGCGUUCGAUCCUCGGAUGGAGCAGCAGCCCAGUGUCCCACGGAGCUGCACUAACGUAGCUCGAGAAACGCCCAUGAACCUUAAUAUUCAGAGCACCACUGGCACCCGUUAUGAGCUGUCCGUGCCGCCGGACGAGACCGUAGAUGGACUAAAGCGACGAAUCUCGCAGCGGCUCAAGGUGCCAAAGGAUAGGCUCACCCUGUUGCACCGGGAGACGCGCCUGAGCUCGGGAAAACUGCAAGAUUUGGGGAUAUCCGAUGGCAGCAGACUAACCCUGCUGCCAAGUGUAGAGGCUGGAUUAAUGUCCCAGAUGUCCCGCCCUGAGCAGUCUGUAAUGCAGGCCCUGGAGAGCUUGACGGAGACGCAGGUGAAUGAUUUCCUAUCUGGCCGUUCUCCUCUUACACUAGCGCUACGUGUUGGUGAUCAUAUGAUGUUUGUGCAACUCCAGUUGGCUGCUCAACAAUCAGGGAGUUCUCACCUCCAACACCGGCAUGUAAUCACCAGAGGAGCUGAGACUAGUGCAUCCCCACAGUACCGCACCUUACAUACAAGCACGUCUGCUGUUUCACAUUUGGCAAGUUGCACACCGGGCCCUACUCCCCCCACUACUUUGUCUCCAACUUCUUCCACACACUGCAAUGGCCCCCAUUCUUCUCCCCUCACCACAAGCGUCUUCCGUUCCCAUGGAGAAGGUGUGGCUGUGUCACCCUGUGCAGAGCAGGCACCAUGCAGUACUAGAGGAACUGAGGGAACAAGCUCUUCACCAUCCAGCAGAUCCCGGAAACCUGGUGCGAUUAUUGAGAGCUUUGUCAACCAUGCUCCUGGUGUUUUCUCAGGGACAUUUUCUGGCACCUUGCAUCCACAGUGCCAGGACAGUGCAGGUCGUCCCCGCAGGGAUAUCGGGACCAUCUUACAGAUUCUAAAUGAUCUGUUGAGUGCCACCCGUCACUACCAGGGUAUGCCACCGUCUCUAACAACACUCCGAUGUCACACCCAGUGUGCAUCCCAGGCAAGGAAUGCUAAAGCUACCUCUCCCCAAAGCACCUCUCCCCAGCAAACCACUCAUCCAGUAGGCCAUUGCCAGACUCAGACCCGCACAUAUAAACCAAGUGGAGACCGUUUGCGUCAGACGGAAAAUAGGGCGACUCGGUGCAAAGUGGAGCGUUUGCAACUGCUUAUGCAUCAAAAGAGGUUGCGCAGGAAGGCAAGAAGAGACUCAAGGGCUCCAUAUCAUUGGAUGCCCACUCGAAAAUCUAGUCGGACCAGCAGUAACAGCAGUACAUCUAGUGGGGAGGGCAGCCUGGAGAUUGACUUUGAGGACUCUCUGUGGAAGCCGGAUGUCAAGGCUGAACUGAACUCAGAGUUUGUGGUGGCAUGAGAUGUAUACCUGUAGCAUCCUCUGUUUUAUUGGUGUGCUCCAGGGAAUGCCUGCUCCCACACUUGGUAUGGACCAUGCAGAGUUGGAGAAGCUUUUUGUUUUGAUUUUUUUUCUUCCAACAGAAGAAUAUAUUAUGAUCGGCAAAAGAAAAGCGAAGUGGGAAAAGACAUGAAAAAUAAUAAGAAAAGAUAAUCUCGAUGUUUAGUGAACUUAAAUUCCAAUAACUUGUUCUGCCUUAAACGCUAAAUGUGGAGCGUAACAAGAUUGCGCUGUUAGGGAGCGUGAAGGCAAUAAGGUGCACUCUUCGACUUUCUUUUUCUUCCUAGAGAAUGAGAGACCCCACUCCGCAAGCACCACCAUCUCGCUUUUCAUACUCGGAAGGGAACAUUUAUGACCUGGUUGGACAGCACACAGCCAUUUGACCCAGGCUAAAUCUUUGACAUGCUGCUUUUCAGGAAGCGUCUGCCUCUGUGUGAACAAGAGGUUGGAAUGAGGGGGACCAGGCACUCUAUAAUAACCCCCUUGCUUUUCCAACCUGUCCACCACCAGUACUGUCAUAUGUAGCAUCACUCGUUAUAUGCUAUGGGCUACUGCCCAUCCCCGACUGGCUGUGGGAAGGCCUUUCUGUGCACGUUGUGCUUCCCCUUAUCUGUUAAAAUUAGGGGGAGGCAGCAACCUGAGUGCUUUGUCCAAGCUUCCUACAUUUUUUUAUCAUAUUUACCUCACACUUUGGAUAUUAAGUUGAUUUUUUUGCUUGCUUUUUAUUUUAUUGUUUUAUAACUUCCCGGAUCAAUAAUUUAGGACAAUUCUGUUUUGUCUAAAUGUAACUGGCGUUUUUUAAGUGUUCCUGGAGCAGAAUUUUUUUUCAUACAAUGAAAAUGAAUUCUAGAAUUGGUACAGAAAAAAAAAUCUUCUUUGUUUCCUGCCAUUGCCCAUUCCCUGGAUCUCUUUCUCUGCCUCGGUCCAUAGUCUCUUCCUUCCCCUCCCCCCUCUGUGUGACAGGGCCCAUGUCCCAGCUGUGACGUAAUUACUAUUCUGUGCAUGUGUGAGGCGUGUUUCCUGGCAGCCUGUGCGUGAGAAUUCUUUCUUUCUUUUCUCUUCUGCUUUGUGGGUGUCUAUAUAUGAGGUACAUUUUCAGGACUACCUGACCUCUGUGUCUGAGGGUCAGAGGGGCUGCUUGCGGCUAUCUUGUCAGGGAUUUUAAAUUAAAUCUAAUUGUAUAGGUGAGAGAAUUAUUCCUUUGUCUGCUGGGGGGUUCCUCAUUUUUGCUCCUUUGUAUAUAAAUGCGGCCAUAUUUGGUUGUGCAUGGCUUUUGCUUCAUGUAGAAACAACUUUGAACAUGACAACGAUUAUCCACGAUUAUUUUUUUCAUCAGUAAUAACCUUCAUUCUUAUUGCCUUUUUCUUAAUUUAUAUUUCACAUUUAUGUUGCUUUGCUGCCCUUCCACUUAAGAGCACAUUUGGCCGAUGUAUGUGAACAUAUGAUAUCCCUAUAUUUUCUUUUCAAUGUAGGGGGGAUAUUGAUCUUCAGUUAUUCUUUUAUGAUUAUAGAUCAUACUGAACUUUAGGAACCCUUUCUUUGCACAUUCUAUUAAUUUAUUUAUAAUCCUCCUUGUUACCUGGUCUCCAGAUAUGAACACAGUACCCUAGGUCUGAAAAUAUAUAUAUAUAUUAUAUAUAUAUAACGGUUUUAGUUUUUCUCUGUGGAACCCAGGAAUUUCUGUGCUUCUUUUCUGGUAACCAUGGGGGGAGGGCCAGGGGCUUGGGUUAUGUAUUCUGUACCAUGUGUAGCCAGAGCUGAUAGGGGAGGAGGGAGGGGUUGGACAAAAAGAAAUAGAGGUUUAACUUAAAAGGGGAGAAAUAAUCCUCGAAAUAAAGAUGUAGCAGGA